AUGAUUUGUGAUGUUAUGCCGACAAUUACAGAGGAUGUUGGAUCUCAGGGUGAUAGAGAUUCACUCACCAGCGGAGAUGGUACAAAUGUUGAAGAUAUGCUAUUGAGCAUGUUAGAUGAACGGGACAGAUUAAUGGAAGGUCUACGAGAAUCACAAGAGCAAGUCAAUGCAACAAGAAUGCGACUCAGUGAAGUUGAACGGGAAAGGGAUAAACUUCAUGCUCAGCUUUCAGUUAAAAUGCCUCAGGAUGUGGUUGAAUUGUCGAAAAGAUUAACCGAAGUUGAGGAACAGUUGGUUGAAAGAUGUGAUGAAAUCGCUGAUUUGAAGGCUGAACGUAACAACAUGAAAAUUCUUUUGGAACAUUUGGAAAAUCUUGUAGCACGGCAUGAGAGAUCGCUCAGAAUGACUGUUGUUAAACGCCAUACAUCCACAGCUAUGAGCACCAGUACUAAUUCCUUAGUUCCAAGUGGAUCAAUAACCGAUAAUGAACCAGUUUGCUCAGAAAUGGAUAUUUUAAAUCCUUCCUCUAAUUAUGCAUUGAAUACAGCAACGGGAUCAAUUAGUCCUUCAAUGACAGGAUUAGGUUCUGAAGUUGAGGUUUUAAAAGCUUUGAAAUCUUUAUUUGAACAUCAUAAGGUUUUGGAUGAAAAGGUGCACAACAGACUAAGAGUUUCACAAAAUAAAGUUACGGAAUUAGAGAAUGAAUUAUCGGAAAUAAAACGAUCUACGUUAAGUACUGUAGUUGCAACCACACCAAGUAACAACAAUAUAAACCAAACCUUGAUAUCUACUCAAACACAAGUUGACAAUGAUUUAAUGGAAUCUGAUGAGACAAAUUCUAAAGUCAAUCAAGAUCAAUUGAAACGAUUUUCUAUUGGAGAAACAACAAAACUACCACAAGGAACAAUGGUGGGGAGUAAAAGUUCAGAACCGUUAACUUCGUCGCCUGUUUCAAGUGUUUCUUUAUCGAAUUUGUUUUCUGGUUCAGCAUCAGCUGCUGCUAUUGAAGCAGCAAAUAGAAUAAAAGAACUGCAGCAGAAUCUUGAACAACGUGCAUCUGAGUUACUUGCUGCUAGAAGACAAGUUAUCGAGUUAACAAGCCGAUCGAGAGAAAGUGCCAAUUCUCUUAGUCUUGCACGAAGUGAAUUAAAUCGUGCCAAUGAUCAGAUUGAAAGACUGUCACGUGAGUUGCGUGAAGCUGAACAAAGAAGAUCCGAUCAAGAGUCGUUAGCUACAAGUUUAGAACAAAGAUAUUUAAUAGCUCAACGUGAACUUAAUGCUGCCCAGGAUAUGACUGAUAAGCUAAGAGCUGAGCUCGCUUUCAAAUCAACGCAGCUUAAACAACAAGAGGAGAAAGUCCGAAUGUUGCAGAUCAAGCUUGAUGCUGUCGAAGAUGAUUUAUUGCAGAGCAGAUCGAUUUCAAAUCAUCUACUGAAUACGUCGUCAAGAAGCAAAUAUAUUAAUGAAGAUGAUGACGGAAUCGAAGAGAGUGAAGAACAUUUUUGUUCUGAUGAAAGUAAUCCUGAGUUAAUGAAUAAACAAGCAUCAGAUGGUGAGGUAGAAUUAGAGAAUGAUUCAGUUAUUGUCCAUGAAAAUAAACAUGCAAAGAAAAGGAAACCGAACGAGUCUUCCUUGAGAUUGAUCAAUCGUUCAAGGUGCAUCUCCCAACAAGACUGGAAUUCAUAUGAAGACAGAAUAAAAGAACUCACAGAUGAAAUUGAAGAAGUUCGACAGGAGUUAGCUCGUGCUAAGGAAAGAGAGAUUAUUAAUGAAGAGCAUAUAACACGUCUAUCCGGCACGGUUGAUAAACUACUACAAGAAUCAAAUGAGCGUCUGCAAAAUCACUUACAAGAGCGUAUGUCAGCGCUAGAGCAGAAACAAUAUUUAACCAAUCAGAUUGAACAGACAAGGAGAGCUUUAGAUUCUGCUAUCAGAGAACGCGAAGCGAAUAUAACUGAAUCAGUUUUGUGUAGACAGCAAUUAUCUGAAUUGGCAGCAGCUUUUCGUCAUUCACAAGCUCAACUUGCAGCUGCUCACACAUCAGCGUCAGCGGCACAAGCUGCAAUUAUGGCAGUAGUCAGAGCAUCGGCUGAAAAAGCCAGUAUGGAAAGACUUCAGCAACAAAAUGCGGAUAUUUCUAUUCAAAGCUCAGGUAUAAGAGAACAAUACAGUACUGAACAAAGCAAUCCAGUGGAUUUAAUUUCAAGGUUGAUAACAAAUACAUGGAUCCCUUCGCAGCUCAAUAAUACUGAACAAUCAUUGGAAAUCAAUCCUCAAGUUGAUAUGAACACUUCAACAUUUGUAAAUACGGCUAUUAAUGCUGCAAAUGGCAAUAAUAAUAAUUUAGAUGAAUUCCAUCAACCUAAUGAUCUGCAAGAAAUGCUACUUCAACAAAAUCUAGCUAAUUACAAUGCUGCAUCCUCACAAAUAAACUCAGAUGUCAUUAGCGUACAUGCUGAAAAUCAACUGGAUGCUAUCAACAAUGAGAUUCAAUUGAUUCAAAAUGAAAAAGUUACUACAGAAAUGCUAGCCGAAGAAUUACAAGGACGAUUCGGUACACUAGAUAUAAAUGUGGAUAAUGCAAGCCGUCAGGUAAAAACUAGAAGUCAAACUAUAGAUGAUUACGUAGUGAAUGAAGAUAAUGUUCAACAGGAUGCAAUUAGGAGUGGUGGUAGUUUUGUUGACGGCGUUAGCUCCACACACAAACAAGCGACACCUGCAAUCCAUUAUUCUUUAAAUGAUCAUACUGCAAACUCAGGAAGACAUGUGUCAUCUGAACCCAUUGCUAUAACUUCUCUGAGCGGUUUCAACACAAAACCAACGACAAGCAUAUCAACAGCGAAUUCUCAAGUAAACUUAGAGAUUUACCACAGUCAGUCAUCUGGUUAUCCACCAAAAUUCUCAACCACCUAUUCACUAUCUACACAUCCAUCAUACUACUGUUAUGAUACACGAUUACGUGCUCCAAUGAUGAAUUCACUGCCAGUUAAUAUUAGAUCAACCAACCAAAACUCUAUGGGGUUAAUUAUUCCCAAUGUAAGAUAUUCUGGGUCCAAUAAUGUAGUAUUUUCAACAGGUAGUGCUCACUUACCAGCUUUAUCAAAUCCUCCUGUGGAUCAUAAUCGUGAUUUGGAUGCAAUAAGAAGGCGUACACAGACCGAUUUACCGACGAACAUUCAUCACAAUCAGAUGACUCGAGAUGACUUGGAGAAUACUGAUAAUUCAGACAGCUGUCAAAAAGAAAAUGAAAGAAAACGGUCCAUAUUUGGUACACUAGGCCGCAUGUUUAAAAAGCCGAACACUGUAAAUAUACCCAGUUCUCUUAGUCAGGCUGACAAUAGCGCAAAACCACUUACACCCCAUUUUCAACAAUCUUCAUCAGCAUUACCCAUGCAUUCCAGUCAACUAAUGCAACCUACUCGCCAUUACUAUGUACAUAAUGUUCCUCAUUCACAAUCUGUUUAUCAAGCAGAUGAACGAAAUCGAUUGUUCAACAUACCAUAUUCGCAUCAAGAUUCAGGAUUCCCUAAUGUGUCACAUUUUAAUCGGUCGGUAAAUCCUAGCUCUUACUCCCAGUAUCAUGUACAAGAAGUUUCAUGCAGAUAUAGUCCACGACCUCCAUCACAUCAUAGCUACUUCGGGAAGCCACGGUCUGGCAUGUAUUCUUCAGAAAUGCAUAUCAAUCAGGAGCAAAGCACAAGUCAUGUGCCUGCAGUAUCUCAUACCAGUAGUAAUGGGACAAACACUCAAGCGAGUACACACGGUCCAAAACAGACUCAAGAAGACAAACAGAGAUCUCAGAAAAUGUUACUUGAAGAUGCUAUUCGUAGUAAUUUACCAUUCACCUCUUGGAGUAGCCCUAUAUUAGUUGCUUGGCUAAAGUUGUGGGUCGGUAUGCCGGCAUGGUAUGUUGCAGCCUGCGAAGCCAAUAUCAAGUCUGGUGCUAUGCUUGCCUCCUUAUCUGAACAAGACAUUCAAAGAGAAUUAGGCAUACGUAAUCCCUUACAUCGAUUAAAACUUCGUUUGGCUGUACAUGAAAUGCUCGCGUUCACCGCAUCACUGACAAGUUCAUCGUCGAAUCCAAUCAAAGAUGAUGAAACAUCUACCUCUAUGAAACAACUACAUCUUGCAUCCCCAUUAAUAAAGGGUGAAUUGAAUCAUGAAUGGAUUGGGAAUAUCUGGUUACCAAGUCUCGGUUUAGCCAGAUAUAGGUCAGCAUUUAUGGAGUGUCUCGUCGAUGCCCGCAUGUUAAGUCAUCUAACUAAGCGUGAUCUGAGGCUUCACUUAAAAAUGGUGGAUCAAUUUCAUCGUCUAAGUUUAUACUAUGGGAUAAUGUGUCUUAAACGUUUGGAUUAUGAUCGUGCUGAAAUUGAACGCCGUCGUGAAGCAUGUCAAAAUACUUUAGAUGACUUACUUGUAUGGAGUAAUGAGCAGGUUAUCACAUGGCUUCGGAGUAUAGGUUUCAAUGAAUAUGCAAAAAAUCUAAUUGAUUCCGGUGUACAUGGUGCUUUGAUGGCAUUAGAUCCUGAUUUCGAUGCAAAUUCACUUGCUUUGAUCUUACAAAUACCAAAUUCAGAUGCACAAAUGAGGCAUAAACUGGAACGUGAACUCAACAGACUACUCCUACCCUAUCGACCAGUAAAUCAAAAUACCUCAUUAACACCGAAAACUUCAGUUAUUAACUAUGAUACAGCAGCAAGUUGGAUUGCUUCAAUAGAACGACCUGAACCAGCAUAUUAUGAAAAUCAAUUUGAAGUGGCUGAUACCUCACCUGUUGAUGCAUCUUACAGAUCCAAUACACUGAAUGAACAGCAAAGACUUGGGGUUGGUAGACAAAUGCUACCAGUUUCUGAAAGUUCCAAUGGAGCUCCACCGAUUCCAUCACGAUCACAAAGAAAUGCUGACAAACGGUAUCCUGCAUCAACUGCUCAACUGGCUGUAAAUCUUCAAAACCAGCCUUCUUUAAAUACAAAUAUAUCACGUAGUGUGCAUUAUCGAGGUGGAGGCUCAUCUGAUGACAACUACACUUACCUUCAAAAUGAACCAUUGCAGUCAGAAAGAAGAUUUAAGAAGAAUUUAUGA